UGUCACUGUUGGACUGAUUUCCAUUUAUGUUACAGGAGGUUACGUGUACAGGAUGAAGUGCUUUCAGAGGUCUGUGCAGCAACUCCUCAGGUCACCGGCUCACAGCAUCAGCAUUGAACUUGCUCCUGUAAGUAACGCUGAUGCCUCAGCCAAGGCCACAAAACCCAAAUCUCGGCGAUUACGUUCCCUUGAUACUUUUCGUGGUUUGGCGCUAACUAUCAUGGUCUUUGUCAACUAUGGAGGAGGGAGCUACUGGUUCUUUGAACACGCCCCAUGGAACGGAUUGACUGUCGCUGACCUUGUGAUGCCCUGGUUUGUUUUCAUCAUUGGUACAUCCGCAGCCUUGUCCUUCAGCGCCAUGCUCCGACGAGGUGUCCGUCGACUGCAGUUGCUGCGAAAGCUGUCCUGGCGAACCGCCAUCCUGCUUCUGAUCGGAGUGUUCUUCAUCAGCUAUGGCCCAGCAGACGGUCCCAUAUCAUGGGAAAGGGCCAGAAUCCCAGGAGUUCUGCAGCGUCUUGGGUUCACAUAUUUUGUCAUUGCUGUGAUGGAGACCUGUUGUGCUAAAAAGGAUCUGAAACAAUACGCGGACCGUAUUUGGAGCCCGGUUAGGGAAAUACUCAUCUACUGGCCUGAGUGGAUAUUUAUCACCAUACUGGAAUUAUUAUGGCUGUGUCUUACCUUCCUCCUUCCAGUCCCAGGAUGUCCCACAGGUUACCUUGGAGCUGGAGGAAUAGGAGAUGAUGGAAUGUUCUCAAAUUGUACUGGAGGGGCAGCGGGUUAUAUUGACAAAUGGCUUCUGGGGACAAAUCACAUCUACAACUGGCCCACGUGCAAGGUGCUGUAUCACACUACUGAGCCUUUCGAUCCUGAAGGAAUCCUGGGAACAAUCAAUUCCGUUCUAAUGGCUUUUAUUGGAUUGCAGGCUGGAAAGAUCUUUCUUGCAUAUCGUCCGAACAAUUUCAGCAUCCUCAAGCGGUUUCUGAUCUGGGCCCUUUUAUUGGGAGUUAUUUCGGCGAUCCUAUCAAAAUGCAGCAGGGAGGAAGGAUUCAUCCCUGUCAAUAAGAACCUCUGGUCCCUGUCCUAUGUCACCACAACAGGCUGCUUCUCUUUCAUCCUGCUGGGUCUGAUGUACUACAUCAUAGACAUGAGGGAGUGGUGGGGUGGGGAGCCAUUCAUCUUCCCAGGAAUGAAUUCAAUCUUCGUUUAUGUUGGACAUUCCAUACUGGGUGGAUACUUCCCAUUCAGCUGGGAAAUGAACUGGAACACCCAUGCUGAGCGCCUCCUCCAGGACCUAGUGGGCACUGCAGUUUGGGUUUUCAUUGCAUUCCUACUGUUUAGAAAGAGAUUCUUCUUGAAAAUCUAACUGGCCAGAAAUAAAUGGAUCCAAGUAAUGUGGUUUGAAUGUCAAUAAAAAUGCAUAAUCUUA